UGUUCGAUUGCUUUUGCCUGAUCCCAAUUUAAACCUUCUGUCGAUUGGUUUUGACUGCGUUCGAUUCAAGAUGGCGGCUACACCAGCGACCAACCCUUCACAGUUGCUCCCACUCGAGCUUGUGGACAAAUGUAUCGGCUCCAGGAUACACAUAGUGAUGAAAACCGACAAAGAAAUAGUCGGCACGCUGCUCGGCUUCGACGACUUUGUCAACAUGGUGCUGGAGGAUGUCACAGAGUUUGAGAUCACCCCAGAGGGCAGGAGGAUAACCAAGCUGGAUCAGAUCCUCCUCAACGGAAACAACAUCACCAUGCUCAUCCCCGGUGGAGAAGGACCCGAGGUGUGAGCGCGCCGUCGCUCUGGCUCCUGCGUUUCUAACAUUUUUCUCUCCGACGCCCUCUUUUCUGGGUUUUUGUAUCAGGAAAAAACACUUUUGGUUUAACGCUCUUUGUUUUGUGUUUGUUAAAUGAAUGAAAGAUGCAUCAUGUUAGAUUGUUUGUUUGUUUUCAAAUAAAAAGAUGAUUUACCACCA